UCAUCUCCACCCACCCUCGCCCUCACGGCCACGCCCUCCAUGCUCAGCUCCUGCAGCCUGACCGAGCGAGGUGUCCUGCAAGCGCCCUAUGUCAAAAUGGGCAGGAUGCCCCACAUCCUCGACCUCCACCAGGCCAUCGUAACCGGCGACGUGGCCAGCGUGGCCCGGCUGGUUGGGAGCGAGCUGGACCUGGGCUGCCCCGUGCGCGGCACCACCGCCCUCUCGCUCGCCGUCUACCGCGGGGACCUCCAGGCCCUCAGGUUGCUCGUCAAGGCCGGGGCGCCCCUGGACAGGCGUAGCAAGGACCACCUGGAGCGGCUGGAAACGCCGAUCAUCUCUGCCAUCAGACUGGGCCAUCGCGAGAUCUUCGAGGAGCUGGUGACUCACGGCGCGCGUCUCGAUCUGCGGGACUUCUACAACCAGACGCCCUUGUGGUUCGCCGUGAAGGAGCAGCGCCUCGGCUUCGUCAAAGUGCUGCUCAAGGCGGGCGCGCCGGUGGACUUCACUCGUGCCACGGAGAAUCCCCUCAACAUCGCCAUGCAGUUCCUCGGAUACAGAGGGCGGCGCGAAAUGGCUCUCGAGCUAGUGGCCGCAGGUGUGCCUCUCACCCUCGAGGACUACAAGGGCCACUCACCGCUCUACUGGGCCAUGAAGCACAUGGAUUUCGAGUUCUUCAGGUAAGGACGUCGCCUUUGAAUCAGGACAGAGUGGUCAAAGCGCAC